ACGAAGGUUACUGACGAAAGACAGCAGAUGCUGUCUGAGUGUCUGAAUCGUCUGACCGUUUCUAUUCAAUUGCUUUAGUAACUUCUAUCUGGCGAAACAAUGUUACAGGGGUAACUUUACCGAGCUGGAGAAACUUGUCUAGAACUACCUUGUGACACCUAGGUCUCUUUAUCCACGUUAACGUCGCUCAACGUACGUACUACGUUUUUCGGCUACAUUGAUCUGACAUCGCCAAAGACAUGAAAAUAUACACAUUUCGGUACUCCCAACGUGUUGUUGUGUUUCAUGUCAGUUCGCUUGACUCGUUCUGUCGCUAGCGAGUGUUACACAGGAAAUAAACAAGUGCCACAUAGGACGGGUCGUUACGUUCAUAAACUUGGAUAUCUCUGUAAGAUCUGGGCUAAGUGGUUGUUAUCAGGAACUCCUAAUUCUUUUAAUAGAGCCGCUUGGGUGACAGUUACGGCCGACUUCUGCUUGUCUGGUACCCUGGUGACUGUUUCCCACGCAUCGCAGCUGUCCGGAGCCUACAGUAAGCACUAUGGUCCAUAAAUAAACAUCCAUCCAAGGGAAAGAGCACUGUCUGUCUGUUUAGUAAAGCAUUAUUCGUUGAUUGACAAGAAAUGUAUGUCCUCUGUGUGGGGGGCAUACCGACUUUUGUCCCGCAGUAAGCAAGGAGGAUGGGAUGUAGGGGAACAUAAUCCGAAGGUGUAAGCCCAAAGAUGCGUCGGUGUAAAAACGCGCAGUUGGAAGACUUCAUCCCUGAGUCCAGGUGGCAAACGUCGCGGCUCAGAUAGGUGGAGUGAAGGCAGCUGCCGAAGGUCUGCCGCUGGAGGGCUGACGGAAUACUUCCAGACAGACCUUCUGCCCAAUGCCUGGUACAAGGUGCUUAUUCUGUCAGAACUCUUCAGUUAGUGGGUGGCAACUUGGACGCGUGAAAGCCGAGCCCGUGAAACGACCUUGGCGUUCGUUUGCUGUUGCUUCAUGUUUGUGUCCUCAUUCGAACUGACCCUGAGACUUUGACGUCCACCGAACACAUAUCCUGAGACGUUUAGCAGAUCAUCCUCUUUGAGUACUUGGUGGAAACUUUAACCGGGUCGACUGCAGACAUGAGGUGUGAGUUGAUGAUGGUGUGGCUGGGAGUGGCGCUGACAUGGUCCCAGCGCCUCCCGACACGCGACGAACAGCUCUUCCGACUCCAGGCGAAAAAUGCCGGGACCAACCAGUGGAACACGAAGGUGCUUCCCGACGGCAUGGAGGUUCGGAACUUCCUCUUCGAAGAUGUAACAAAAACGUACUACUUCUUUGUAGAGGACGAGGGUUCCCCUGUGCUGAUCGUGGUUGAGCCCUGUGACACAGAGAUCGAGUGGAAGGUUACUCUACAUGAAGUUACAGAGACCGUCAGUCCUGACGGGUCGGGUCACACUGAACAAAUGGAGGACCCAGGACGGAGGGGACCCAGCCGAACAGGUUCUGUAGUGGGGCGCUUCUCCGGUCAUGAAGUCAUGUCCUACUUGAACCCCGCCUCCCAGCGGGCCAUGUACAGAGUGCAGGUGACGUCGCGUGGCGCAGACACACUGUUCGGCAUGUACGCUACCACGACACCAGACUCCGACAAGCCCUACCCGGAGGUACCCGGCGAUCCCAAGGUGAACACUUCAGAUGUUGGCAAAUCGGAGGCGACUUUAUCUUGGAAGCCAAGUCCGACAGAGACGAAGUUUCACCUACCGGUUAAGUACUGCAUUGCAGUCAGCAGAGCGCGUAACCUGAAAACCCUGUGCGCGGUCGACUCACGGCGGAGCGGAGGGGACGACAUGCCCAUGCCGUCACCACCUUUCAAAUUCGGAUUUGACUUCGAUUUUAAAAGUUUCGGAUUCAAGCGGCGAGGGAAGAAAGGCCGUAAACGCGACAAAAUAGUUUUUCCCGACGACAAGGCCAUGGCGCCACUAGAGAACGUCAUUUUUGAGUGUGUUGGUGACAAGAAAGCUUACACUUUGGGUGGUUUACAGCCCGGCACACAAUAUUACUACGACGUUUUCGUUGUGAACACUCUGACCAAUCGUAGCUCGGCUUACACCGGGGGAAUGCUGGAAACCAAGCAGCACAAGAGGAGAACCCGUUUAAAAGACGGUAAGGUGACAGCAGCCAGCGUCAAACGGUCCAAGGGCCAGGCCUACACAAUCAAGGUUGAGGACACACAGUUGCCCCUUCAGCUAACUGUCCAAUCGUGCACGGGAGAAGUCAGUGUGAAGAUUUCGCGUGAAGGCGACGUCGUGGCUAAGGAGCCGCAUGUCAGCUCCUUGUGGAACCUUGUCCUGACUAACUUGACGGAAGGAGAGUACCAGGUGGCCGUCAGUAGUAAGCGCAAGCGGUCCUCCGCCUUCAAGAUCUUCUCCACAACGAACCCCGCAAAAUAUCCCUACGCCCAAAUGCCAAGCGACACGAAAAUCAAGCAGUUUGAAAAGCUUACGACGUGUGACUCGGCAACAAUCGCGUGGUUGGUCAACGACGAGAGGUCAAAAUACUGUCUGUACAAAGCCGUUGUUAGCAAAAAGGUAUUCCGACGGAAAUCUACUAAGGAGAACUCGUGCGAAAGUCCACGAACGCGAAAGAAGGACGAAAAGGUGAUAUGUAGACAUCAUCGGCCCGGCUCGGUGGAUAGAUCGGUCAUGAUCGAGAGAAUAUCCGGGCUGAAGCCUGGAACGAGGUACAAGUUUGACGUUUACGUGCAGAAACACAGAGGGGAGACUGGACAGGCACUCAAAUACAGAAGCGUCUUCGUUAAGACCAAGCGACGCUGCUGAAUCACGCGUAGCUUUAUCAUUUAUGAACGUUUGGAAGUUUGAACGUUUGGAAGCUUUUGUAAGUUUGUGUGCAGAUAGCUCAGGUCUCAGUGGAAUGUUCUAAACAUCAAAGAAUACGAUGGGAAUAAACCAUAAUAUUGAGGUAGAAAAGGAUGUAAAUUUUGAUGUGUGGCAGAAGACUGAAAAGGGCUAUAUUUCUUUACUGUUAUAUGGUAACGUAUGCCCUAUAUAUUUCUGUAUAACAAGAAAGUCGCACUCCGACUGGCUCAGAAGAAGAUUGGUAUUGUUCAAUCUGUCAGCAUCGGCAAUGAUUGACAAUUUUUUUCAGCUGCAUUUUUGGUUCAGAUUUUGACAACCAGGACGAUGAUAAUUGACACAGUGAUCUCGACCCAUCCAAUAAACUCAAUGAACAGAUGAGAUGAGCUUAUCGUCCACUGGUCGUGACAGAGAAAACAGAGGCAGUGUACAAUAUUUACAGGUUCGUUGUAACGGGCAAAUUCCUCUAGCUCACUUCUACAAGUACAAAAAAAACUAUGAUGGACAAUGGACCACGACUUGGUCCAACUCGACUACUUGGUCUUAAGGUAGUGUCACUAACCACUGGACUACGCACGCUACCCCGGCGUAGAACAUGCAUUCAGAAAGUACUGAGAACACUGGAAAGCAAUGGCCCUGAAACCUGAAUGCAUCUGCCGGACAGAUGUUGACUAUUGAGCCGGACACGGCCUGUAUACCUUAUACGGGUAUCAUACGGUCCUGGCCCUGCCAUGUGCCUUACACAUGUACUACAAUGUUCUAUGGUAACAAUUGGGUCUAUCAGGCUGCCUGGGUAGGUAAAAAUAGUAAAAUUGUAUCACAAUUUAAUAAGAUAUUCUUUAUUCGCUAUCACAUGUUGAUACGUUUCGAUUACGGUCUGUCACUACCACCGUCCCCAAGGCAAUAAUGACUGAAGUUACUUUGAACUGCAGCUAGGUGUCCCUCUGCAGUGUAACAAAUGUGGUCCCAAGCAAAAUUACUCACGAAAGUAAAAUUGUAAAUGUUAUUCCACCGGCCCAUGGAGUCUAGUAGAAACAACUGGCAUUGCACCUUAGUGACUUGAAAGGUGGAAUUUUGCGGAAAAUUUCGUCAACAGACGACUUGUACCAUAUCGUACAUAUGUGGACAACUUUAGUUGAGGUACAUAACUUAUGUUUGUAUAUACAAUGUCGUUAUAUUGUGCACAUAUGCAGUUAAGGUAUUGUAAAGGGCAGUACCAGGCACUCGCAAGCCACCACCCCAAAAUGCUGGAUACCAGGCUAAUUAGGCACUUGUUUCAGCAAGUAAACCAGACGUGGCCUCCUCCAAAUUUAGGUCUCCUUCAAAGUUGGAGUUUAACUACAUUAUCUUGUUGCCUGGGUGCCAUUUUAAUUAGCUAACGGCCUAUUCGCAGUUAAAAUCAACCUAAAGAUAAAUGGACACCGUAACCUAACACAUUGAGGGUUUUACCCCAAAGCCCACUCCCACCCCCCAGUAUCCGACAUUCCAUCGGACAAAUAUGCGGCUUCAGAGCCCGGUCGGGCUACACCCUCUACUGGCACCGGUACAAAUAUGACUGUAGCGUUACUGGGGCUCCAGUAGUCCACAUAACCUCCUUACCCUAACCUACUAGGGGAGAGUAACUAACUAGGAUGGCACCCAGGCUACCUUGUGUUUGUUUUUUAUGGUGCCUUUGUAUGGAUGAUUUCCAUUUCUUUUUGUGUGAUAUUCAUCAAGAUUUCAACGGAUGUACAAUGAAUUUGGUACGAACUUGGUAGGAACAAAUGCGAAUAGAAUUAUGCAUUUUUAAUGGCAUUUGGUGGCUUUUCAUUGUGAAGGACACAGCCUAGAUAUUAAUUGAUCUGCAGAUUUCUACUGUCAGAACUUCAGGUUAUGGCUUUAGAAACCCCUCCCCCCUCCAAGAAUAUCUUCAAUGCAUUGGGGACAAUUACAAAUUGUGUUCAUACACAAAAAUCAUCCCAGUUUUUGAAUUACUCAUACUUACUUCUAUGCUGAAAGAAAAAAGUCGAAAUCAUUUUACGGCAAUAGCACCAGUACUAUUGUAGGAAGUAUGCAACCUUGUCUGCAUAAUGCAUGCAAUACUAGUAAUAUACUGGGGGACUUUGGAGAAAAAAAUACUGUAAAUGCCUUUAAGUUUGCAGUGAAUCAAUAUUGCUGUAGGGAGAAAAUGGUGUGUUUGUAGUAGUUCAUGUUUGUGGUUACAUGUUGUACAACAAACAUCAGUUUUAAGUUAAUGUGAAGUGGUCAUGGAAUAAACCCAUUGCAAAUAUCCAAGGAAUUACACUAUAGUAUGGAACUUAAAACCACCGCGAAAAUUUUUCCAUGGCAGUAAGAGUGCAUGGUGCUACCGAGAACUUCAAACCACCGCGAAAAGUUUUUUUUCCCACUACCAUAAAAUUAAAUCCCGGCAAACUUAAAUACAUUUACAGUACUACAUGAAUAACAAACUUCUUUGUACAUAACCAGGUGUUAUAGUCAAUGAACGUUUUAGUGACCAUCUGUUACCUUCCUCAAAGCAAUUCUGACUGGUUCACAUUAUACUGCAGCCUAGGUGUCACUGCAUACAGAACCAGUUUGAAUUGCACUGAGGAAGGAGACAGACGGUCACUAAUACAUCAGUGGAAUAAAACAGUUGGUUCUGUACAAAGGAGAUUGUUAUUCAGUGACUUAAUACAUGUAAUCUGAUGAAACUUGUCACAGACUUCUACUUACCAUUUUAACAACCACAGUUAAGCAUAACAUAAGUUUUUUUUAUUCAGUUGAAGUACUAUAACAGUACACAGACAAUGUAGUCAGUAGAUUAGGUUCAUUUCCUGGCACUGCUUGAUGCACCUGUAAUCUACAGAAGUCUACAAGAAAAAAAAAGACCUCUAAAGAUGUAGAAACACAACACUUCAAAUAAGGGUAUUAUUACAGUUGGACAUAAGGCCACAACAAUUUAAUCAGUUGGUUCUCGGAUUU